UGCGCGCAAGAGGUGCUCAGCCAGCUGGAGGAAAGUUGAGCCGAAGUUGGGCAGGGAGGGAGCAAGGAUGCCUACGAUGCUGUGCUGCUGGGGGAACGGCUCCUUCGGGCAGCUGGGGCUGGGCGAGGACGGGGUCUCGGAGCCGCUGCCUUUCCGUCGGGCCCCCGAAGCCCCCGGUGGGCCGGAGGUGGUGCUGGUGGCCUGCGGGGAGCGGCACUCGCUGCUGCUUCGGGCCGAUGGCAGCGUGGCUUCUUGCGGGGACAACGCCCAGGGGCAGCUGGGCAGGAGGCUCCCCCCGGGGCAGCGGCGCGCCCACGUGCCAGAGCAAAUUCAAGCGCUGGAAACACAAACCAUUGUCUACGUAAGCUGUGGGAAGGAGCACUCACUGGCCGUUUGCAACAACGGGAGAGUUUUUUCGUGGGGAGCUGGAGCUUUUGGACAGCUGGGCACUGGAGAAUUAAAAGAGCGUCUGAUUCCAAAGAAGGUGGAUGGUUUGUCUAAAUACAAAAUAAUACAAGUUGCUUGCGGGAAUUAUCACUCAAUAGCCCUGGCGAAAGAUGGCAGAGUUUUCUCAUGGGGGCAGAACACUCACGGCCAGCUUGGUCUUGGUAAAGAAGUCACGAACCAGGCUAGGCCACAGCAAAUUUCUGCUCUUGACGGCAUCCCGUUGGCUCAAGUGGCUGCCGGCGGGUCACAGAGUUUUGCCCUGUCCCUUUCCGGAGUUGUGUACGGAUGGGGAAAGAACAACGCACACCAGCUGGGAUUGAGUCAGGCCGACCCCAAAGAGCAAAUCUUCAAACCGCACUCAAUAGCUGCUCUGAGGAAACUUGAUGUGAGUUACGUCAGCUGUGGAGAUGAACAUACCGCUGUGCUCACUCAGAACGGCAGCGUAUUCACAUUUGGAGAUGACAGCGCUGGACAACUAGGGCGUAGUUCUUCAGCCCUAAAGACUGGCCCCGAGAAACUUGACUCAGUUGAUGGUCCAGUUUCUCAUCUGGCGUGUGGAAGCUAUCACACUGUUUGUAUCUCUGCUUCUGGGCAACUGAUAUCUUUUGGACAUGGACUCCAGCAGCGCAAUGGAAGUGGACCAUCUUCUAGCAAAAGCGACAGGAGACCAUGCUUUAACAUCAGCGCUCUGGUUUCUCCUAAUGAAUUGCUGGGUGUCCGAGUAAAACGGAUUUUUGCUGGACCAUACGUCACCUUUGCCACGGUGCUUCGGACGCAGGAUUCUGCGUAUGCAAAUACACCCACCUCUAUGGAAACCUUGCCAAAGAUUAGCCUGAUGGACAGGGCACUGAUGGAGAAGUGGUUGUUGGCAACAGCGGAAAGUGUGACGCGGCAGACGGCCAAAAGAGAAAUCGAAGCAAUAUUUUCUUCCUCUCCUUGUUUAGCAGCAAGUUUUCUGAAACCACGAUCUGCCAUGGAGACUGGCUGCUGCGUAGCAGUGGAUCUUCAGAAAGCGAGAGAAAUGCUUGAGGAACUUGCUACAAGGGACUGGAUUGCUGGCAGGAUCUUUUCUUCUUUGCUGGACAACCUGAUUCCUGCCCUUCCACUGAAUUCUCCUCACCAGGAGGCUCUCUCCAGCUUCCUCCUGCUGCCAGAGUGCUGUGCAGCGCUGGAAGCCCAGAAGAUGCAGCAUUUGGCUAUUCCCUUUGCAAAGGCUGUCAAGGGCCUGAGCAAGCGCUCUUUGGACAUUCUAGAAAAAUGUUGGUCCUUCUUGCCAGCCUCGCAUUUAGACCGAAUAGUUCAGAUGCUAAAGAAAGUGGUGCUCUCUCAGCUGCCCUGUUACUCAUACUACCCUGCCUGCCAGGUGCUGUUACCUCUCCUGGAAGUCCUGAAAAAGCUUUACAAGGUCAACAAGAGGGCUAACUGCAAGCUCCCGCUAAGCAACUUCUACAUUGAUGAAAUCCGUCAAAUAAUUAAUCCCUUUGCAGAUUUGGCAAGGUGGCAUGUAUGGGUGGAAGCCAUGAAAUUGAACAAAGAGGACAACUGUCCCGUCUCUUUGUGCUGCUUUCCUUUUGUCUACAAUCCGCUGACGAAGAUGGAAAUAUUUGAUUACGAGUCUUAUAACCUGCAAGAGAUUGUAAAGGCCAAUGCUUGUGAUACAUUGGUACGCAAUCGACUCCUGAGAAAGGACGAACUCCCUAAACUGCCUGUCUUCCCUUUGAGGGUACGACGCAAGAACCUUGUGGAAGAUACUUUGCGCAAACUGAGUCAAGUAGAGGACAUUAGCCUGAAAAUGCAACUCUUGAUUGAGUUUGAAGGCGAGAUGCCUGGUCACGAAACUGGAGGAGUCUUGUUUGAGUUCUUUUCCUAUGUGUUUGAGGAGAUGGUGCAGCCGGACUAUGGGAUGUUUAUGUGCUGUGAGCAAAACUCCCCCAUAUGGUUUCCUUCUAGGCCCUCGGUGGAGAAGAAUAAAUAUCUUUUCUUUGGGAUCCUCUGCGGGCUCUCCAUGUUCAACAGAGUCACUGCCUAUGUGCCUUUCCCGCUUGCUGCCUUUAAAAAACUGCUGGGCAAGAAACCUACCCUUGAUGAUCUGAAGGAGCUAAGCCCUGUCUUAGGGAGGAGUUUGCAGGCAGUUCUUGAUUAUGAGCAUGAUGACUUCGAAACAAGCCAUGAACUGACUUACAAUAUAUCUUGGGACAACGUGGAUGUCGACUUAAUUCCAAACGGCAGUUCUGUCGCUGUGAACAAUUCAAACAAGAAGGAGUUUGUCAACAAGUAUGUGGAUUACGUCUUCAACAAAUCAGUGGAGGGAAUUUUCCAAGAGUUCAAGAGAGGGUUUUACAAAGUCCUCGAUGAACGGAUGGUUGCCUUCUUUGAGCCUCAGGAACUGAUGGAUGUGGCGAUUGGGAACGCAAAUUAUGACUGGGAGUUAUAUGAGAAGAACACUGUGUACUGGGGGAUAUACAGUGAAACACACCCUACCGUAAGGAUGUUCUGGAAGGUUUUCCACGAACUCACUUUGGCGGACAAAAAAGGCUUUCUGUUGUUUGUUUUAGGAAGUGACCGGGUCCCUGUGGUAGGAAUGGACUCCUUGAAGCUAACAAUCCACUCGCACAAGUCACUUUCAGAAGAACAUAUCCCUGAGGCCCAGAUCUGCUUUCACCUCCUUCUUUUGCCACCUUAUUCAACCACAGGAAAACUGAAGGAGAAACUUCUCCAGGCUAUUGAGAACAAUCGUGGCUUUGGCAAGCAACUCUAAUACAGGGACUUGCAAGAUGUGUAGCUUUUGUCUUCAAAUGAAGGGAAGUUUGCCUUAUCAGGCAGUCUGCUCACUGGCCUUUUAACUGGCCUUUGGUCAGUUGAUUGACUGAUUUCUCUCUCCCCACACCCACAAUUUAAGAAAAAAUAUUUUAGACCUUAGUAUAGCCUGCUUCUAUGUGUAAUCACGUCCACAGUGGCCUCAUUACUCCAGGGCUAAUUCAUCCAGCCAGUUAUUUCCUAAAUUGUUAUUUUCCUGUAGUUUUCCUAUUAUCCCACUUUCAAGGUGCAUUUUAAUGAUUACUUUUAAAGGUACCAUUGCAACAACAGCACGGACAUUUUAAUGUGUGAACAGACAGGCUGGUGCCUCACUCCACUUGGAGAUGCAGAAUGUUAUCUUUUAUUGUUCUUAUUUAUUUAUAUGUACCAAAAUGUAAGUGAGAACACAGAAUAGAUUCAAAUCAGCACACAUAUUAUUCUGGAAAGAGUACUAAAAGCAAAGUAUAUUGGAAUUAUAGACUUUCAGGCAAAACAGACUGUGUGUUUAAUAUUUUACGGUAAAAACCCUGCUAAAU